CGUUUUGCUCUACUUCAUCCAACUUCCGGUCAACGUACUUUUCAGCGGGACCUCAGACUCAUCUUAUUACUAUUUUUUUGUCAUUUUUCCUUUUGUUUUUACCAUGGAUGACGAACAAGAAACUUACAAACUGUGGAGAAUCAGAAAGACAAUUAUGCAGCUGUGCCAUGACCGGCACUACCUUGUUGCUCAGGAUGAACUGGAUCAAACACUUGAACAGUUCAAAGCACAGUAUGGUGAUAAACCAAGCGAGAACCAUCCGAGUCGUAAAGACCUCAUUGUCUUGGUAGCCCAUAAUGAUGACCCUACAGACAUGAUGUUUGUGUUCUUUCCUGAAGAACCUAAGGUGGGCAUCAAGACAAUUAAAACCUACUGUACAAGAAUGCAAGAAGAUAACAUUCACCGUGCCAUCAUUGUUGUGCAGACAGGCAUGACACCUUCUGCCAAACAGGCGCUGGUGGAGAUGGCACCGAAGUACAUCCUGGAGCAGUUCCUGGAGACAGAGCUUCUUAUCAACAUAACAGAACAUAUGUUGGUACCGGAGCAUGUAGUUAUGACACCUGAAGAGAAAGCAGAGCUUCUGGCCAGAUAUAAACUGAAGGAGUCCCAGCUACCCAGAAUACAGCAAGGAGAUCCCGUAUCACGCUACCUUGGUCUUAAGAGGGGACAGGUCGUUAAAAUUAUUCGACCCAGUGAAACAGCAGGUAGAUAUGUGAGCUACCGGCUGGUUGUGUGAGAUUUUCCAAAGACUAAGGGCGAGACAUUUGUGUGCAAGCACGUUGAGACUAAGCAGAUGAUUGACUGGACUACCUGGAUGCAUGCCUGUUGCAGACCUGGCUGUGAAGAAUGGCUGACAUGUAAAGGAGUAUGAAUAGCUGUUGUAAGAAAUGAUAUUUGGAAUAAAAGCUGUGAAACUAGAA